AAACAACGCAAAAUCUGAUUUCACUCUGAUCAUCAGGAGAAACAAAGUAAACAUUGUUUACUAACAAAUUCAUGUGUUGAGCAUAAGUUUUGAUAUUUAAUUUAUAAUCUGUUUUAAACAUCAUGGGAAAGUCAACUAAAGAUAAAAGGGACAUCUUCUAUAGAUUAGCCAAAGAAGAAGGAUAUCGAGCUCGAAGUGCUUACAAAUUGAUUCAUAUUGAUGAAAAGUUUAAAAUUUUCAAUGGAGUCUCUAAAGCUGUCGAUCUUUGCGCUGCCCCUGGAAGCUGGAGUCAAGUUUUAGCCAAAAAAUUGAGAGAGAACUGCCAGGAAAUGGCCAAAACGGUUAGUGUUGAUAUCCAAGCAAUGGCACCAAUUCCAGGAACCAUACAAAUUCAAGGUGAUAUAACAAAUUUGUCCACUGCUAAGGAAAUAAUAAGCCACUUUGAAGGCGAUAAAGCUGAUCUAGUUGUGUGUGAUGGAGCCCCUGAUGUCACCGGUCUCCACGAUCUUGAUGAAUAUAUUCAAGCUCAAUUGUUGCUUUCUGCCUUGAAUAUAACAACUUAUAUUUUGAAGCUUGGAGGGACAUUUGUUGCCAAGAUAUUUCGAGGCCGAGAUAUUUCUCUUCUUUAUUCCCAAUUGAAAAUUUUUUUCCAACAAGUAAUUGUCACCAAACCUAGAAGCAGUCGUAAUUCAUCUAUCGAAGCGUUUGUUGUUUGCAAAGUUUUCCAACCCCCUGAAGGAUACGAGCCAAUUAUGUAUAAUCUAUUAUUGGACAAUACGAGUAAAUCCUAUUUUGAAAACAUAAAUAAUCCGGUCAACCAAAUUAUUGUCCCUUUCAUUGCUUGUGGUGAUUUAUCUGGUUUUGAUGCUGAUAGAAACUAUCCUCUAAAUACUCCGACUGGAUCUUCUAGUUACAAAUAUUCGGAACCAACUCAGAAACCAAUCGCUCCACCUUAUCAAAAAGCUUGUGAACUUAAAAAAACAUGUGAAUUAGCUAAACAAGAGAAUGAAUAAAAACCUGUAUUUUUUGAUAAUUAUGAAUCCAGAGUUUACCAUCUCGUAUGAAAUUGGAGAAGCUGAAAUGAAAUAAUAGCUUUAAUUAAAAAAAUGGACAAGUUGGACCAUCAA